AUGCCAUUGCUUUUCGAUACGAAGGAAAUCGACAAGCUUCCAGAUUACAUGAAAAUACUCUGCAGAACUCUCUUAAAUCUUUACAAAGAAUUAGAGGAGGAAAUGGCAAAGCAAGGAAUAUCGCACCGUCUUUAUUAUUCACAAGAAGCAUUUAAAGAAAUUGUUAUGAGCUAUGACAUUGAGUCCAACUGGUGUAAUGAAGGAUACGAGGCCACAUUUGAUGAGUAUAUGGGUAAUGGGUUGAUCACUGGCGGUCAGUUGUUGCUUGGAUUAUCAUCCUUAUUGGGCAUGGGAGAAGUUGCUACUGUUGAAGCAUUUGAAUGGAUGCAAAGCAAACCUAAAGUUCUUGUUGCAGCAAACAUAAUUGGGCGGCUCCUUAACGAUAUAGCAAGCCAUGAGGAAGAAGAUCAGAGGGCGCAUGUAGCUACAGGGGUUAAAUGUUAUCUGAAGGAUUAUGGAGUGUCAAAGGAAGAGGUUAUUGAUGAGUUUUACAAAAUGAUUGCAAAUGCAUAG